UCAUUACAGAGACAGACAGGAGUCCAGCAGGGACAUCUGAACCCUUUCACUCCAGGCAUUCACUACUCUAGCGCAAUGGUGGAAAGAAACCUCUUGGUUUUUGCUUUAGUUUGGGUUUGCUGUUCUGACAUAUAUGGUCAAACAGACAACAAGGUUCCAUGUGAUGAUAAACGUGUUGAGAACGUUGUGAGUUUAGCGCUUUCCAAGCAUAAUGAGCUAUUAACCGAAGGCUCUCUAUUGGCUCUCUAUGACAUCAAGGAGGCAACAAAGGCACAGAAUGAAUCAGGUGAAAUUCUGUUUGUGCGGUUUACAAGCAGAGAGACAGAUUGUCCUGUAGGAGGAGACAAAGUCUGGCAACAAUGCGACUACCUACAACAUGCGGAUAAGGUACUCCAAAACUGUCAAGCAGAAGUUUUUUUCACAAAAGCAGGUCAACAGUUACUCUUGCAUGACUGUUCAGCUGACACCUAUAUUGUUUCUGAGGUUGCACCUUGUCUAGGCUGCCCUGAAAAUAUCGAAAAUCAAGAAGACCUGAGAGACCCACUCAUUCAUUCUUUGGCUAAAGCCAACAGCAUUACAAAUCACGUGCACUUUUUCAUCUUUAAGGACUUGUCAUCGGCAACAAAACAGGUGGUUGCUGGAUUCAGGUAUAAAUUGCAGUUUGACAUGGAGAAGAGUAACUGUACCAAGUCAGAAUUCAAAGCUGUUACUGAUGAGUGCCACCCAGUUGUAGAGGAACCGGAGUUUAUGCAUUGCAACUCAACUGUGGAUGUAGCCCCUUGGAGACAUGAGGUCCCAGAAGUGCAUACUGAAUGUGCACCAGGUUUCAGGAGGCCUUUGACAAGAGUUAAAAGGCCACCAGGUUGGUCCCCUUUGAGAACCUUUACAAAACCAGCACCCAAAGAUUCUUCAGAAGAAUCCAAGGAAAACCUUAACACGACUACACCUACACCACUGAACUGUCCCACUAAACCCUGGAAAGAGUUUAAGCCUAUUUUUGACAGAACUGCUCCUGUAAACACUACAGCACUCACACAGGCAAACGAAACUGUGUCAGAUGGUGUUUUCAGUGAUCAAGAUUUAUUAAGCUAAACAGCUUGUAUACAGUUUGUCUUUGGGUCUUUUAUCUGAAAUUAGAGGAAAGCGUACAAGAAAGAGAUACCAAUAACAUUCUUAUAACUUGUAUUAUGGUGUUUAAAAUGUGUUGUGGAUGUUACAGUUAUUUGUGGAUAUUACUUAUGUGGGACAUUGUAUCUUGAAUGUCACAAUUAAAAAGAAUACACCAAACUUA